CUUUAACAAAAAAAAAAAAAAUACUACUAAUUCAUUUUUACUAUUUACGAUGAAGAGAAACUUUCAACUCUCGUUCGUCACUUUGAUUAUCUUCACUGUUCUUAUGCUAGGAGUGAUGGGAGACAUGAGUAUUGGAGGAAAAAGAUGUUGGGCAACUCUAGAUUUAAAAGAUAAAAAUUGUGUUCACGAGGAGUGUAAGUCUAUGUGUCUCAAAAAGAAUCCCAAAGGACAUGGUAGUUGCCUUAAAUCAUUCGGAGGAAAAAUUAAUUGUUUAUGCGGUUACAAUUGCCGUUAAAAAUAUUUUAUUACAAUAACUCUCAAAUCGUAUUUUACGAUGGGAACUUUAUGAUAAAAUGGUAUAAUAAUUGAUGUAAUUUUCUAGCUUAAUUUAUUUUUUAUAUGUUUCUAUUGA